UGCAACCACAAAUAUGAAGCAGAAAAUAAGGCUAAAAAUAAUAAAAUAUUAACUAUUUUAUAUAAAAAGACGAAAAAAUUGCUAUCAAAAUGUUCACAAAAAGGACUUAAGCAUUUAAAAAGUUUAGAUUCUAUUGCCAAAUAGAAUAUGAAAAAAUAAACUUAAAAAUCAAACCACAAUCUGGUCUUCCCAUUAAAGAAAAAAAAAACAACGUCUCCAAGUAAAUUGAAUUAAGAAUAAAAGAGAGUAAAUGAAAGAGAGUGACUUACGGCUCCUUAAAGAAACCCCAAAUAUUUACUUAAACAAAAUCAAAACAAAUUCCUAAUAAAACGUAAACAAAACACUCAAACAAACAAAUAAAACAGGUUUUCUAUACUACAAACCAAAAAAAAAGUAAACAAAAACAAAGUGCAGUUAGAAACUGCAUCAUCAAACCAAAAAAGAGAACAAAAAAAAAAAAACACACACUUACAAUGUUACGCAGUUGUGUUUGCUUUGGCCAACGUGGUAAUCACAAACGACGCAGCUCCUCGUUUGAUACAUCAUCCUCGUGUCGUUCUUCGGAAAUUGAACGUGGCGGUAAAACUGCCACCACAACAGCUGAUGGCAGUCAACAGCAACAGAAUUCGGUGGCAAAUGGUCGUGUUGCCUCCAGUUUAUUACAAUUAUUCCAGACGAAAGGUUGGUACCGACAUUGGCGUAAACCUACAAGGGGCAUCAGUAUGACUAAAAUUGAAAUAAGUAAGUGA